CGGAUAUUCCUGCUAGUUGUGCAGUUGCUUAUUCUUAUUGGAUUGCUCUCUGGACUCCCAACCUCCAGCAGAAGGGGUAAGGGAAUCUGCAGUCGAGAGUGUUGGACCAGACCCCAACAUCGAGUGCAUGCGGCUGCUUCUCAUCACCGUCGGCAGUCGGGGCGAUGCCGAACCAUAUCAGGCUCUGGCAGAUACCCUUGCGGAGGGAGGCCACCAGGUGGAGUUCUUCCUUCAGCCCGAGCAUUCCUUCCCAGCGAAAAAGCAAGUGACGCUACACCCCUUGCCAUUCAGCACUUCUGAUUUCUACAGAUAUGCUGGCAAUCCUCGAUAUGGCCAGGACCACGAAAAUCCACGAGUGAAGUUCGUUGGUGUAGUCGCGGAGGUCGUAUCACAACUGGUCUUGCCAUUGAUGGAGGAUGUGUCGAAGCUCAGAGUCGGCAUAUGAAAUAGGGACCCCGGAAGCAGCAAUGCCAAGCUUUGAGCAUCUAAUCGCUAACAAGCAUUUGUUUGUCGCGUGUUUAUCGUUUUUGAAAAACUCGCCGCCAACAGAUGCCAACAAUGGCUUUGGAUGUUUUAGCAUGCUUAACAUGUUUUAGCCGUUGCUGUUGUAGUUUUUGGCGGGUGAUUGGUGGUUGUCGUUGUCAUGGUUGUUGUCGUUGCUGUUACCGACAAGCCACGACACGUUGGUUUGUCUCAAUUACCGGAGGGCACAAGUUGCUGAGGAGAGUAGCUGCAGACUGCGACAUCUUGAUUUGCAACUCGCUGGCGCGACACAUGUGCUUUUGUAUUGGCAAAAGCCUGCGAAAGCCUGUUGGCCUGAUUCAUUUGCAGCCUAUGGCUCCAACAAGAUCUUUCCCACACUACAG